CCCGCCGUGGCAAGUCUGCCGCUGCUGGUCCACCGGGCGUGGCAAGUUGCCCACCGCUGCUGAUCCGCCGUGGCUGGUCUGCUAUUGCUGGCCCGCCGUGUUUGUGGCAGAUCUGGCGCCACCGCUGGUCCGCCAUGGCACUUCUGCUGCAGCUGCUGGUCCGCCCUGGAAGGUUUGCCAAGGCUGCUGGCCUGCAGGUGCAACGUUUGACUUUUUGUUGUAAGUACUUACGCUCUUAUGUAAUAUUCUCACCACUGUAGUUGUACUAAGUACCACUUGAAUAAUGAUAAUCGCCAAUCAUAAUUUUUGUAAUUGCGACUUCCUUUUCUUUUCAAUUUUUUGUUUCUCCGUUUCGUCUACACAUAAUUGAUAAAGAAGCUGCGGGGAAGUAAAAAUCCGCUCUACACCUACACUUGUUUGAGCAACAUAGAAAAAUUUGUCAUCCCUGGAACAAUAUUGAAGGACACCAAAAAAAGAAAAAUCGUGGAACAAUUUCGCUGCAGUUGCUUCUUCUAGUGAGGUGCCGCCCGUUUUGGAAAUCAAUCUCGACUACGUUAUACGCAAAUAUUGAUUUGUAGUCCGGCUUAAAUACCAUGAAAAGCGCGUCUGAAAUUUCAAUUUUUAUCAACAAAAGGAGCACGCCCUAUGAC